UGUCCUGACACACAUGUUACAUAUGUACUGCUGGCUUCUACACUUCGUUUCUUUCUUCUAGCUUUGCUUUACUACUACCACUACAACGACUACUGCUACCAUUCACCACGCCACACCUUAGCCACUCCUAUUACCUCUACACCAACUACCUUCUGAAAUCUCUCUCCAACAUCGUACCGUCACCCACCUACAAAUAUUAGUACCAAUGGCUCGGCAUCGCGGAGCAAAUACCCUCUUGAGGGACAAUACACCCUUCCCAACCAGGCAAAUGGCUAUUCUUGCGCUCUGCCGGAUAUGUGAACCAAUUGCUUUCAUGUCAAUUUUCCCAUAUGUGUACUACAUGGUUGGCGACUUUGGCAUUGCACACGACGAGGCGCAAAUAUCUGUGUACGCCGGAAUGGUCACAUCUGCAUUCGCCUUCGCAGAGUGUGCGAGCGGCGUGUUUUGGGGACGACUAAGUGAUCGCGUGGGCCGAAAGAAGGUCCUUCUUGGGGGUCUUUUCGGAACUGGAUUGAGCAUGCUUUUGUUCGGCUUCGCGCAAAACCUACCAAUGGCUCUGGUAGCUCGCGCUCUCGGUGGAUUGCUGAAUGGAAAUAUUGGUGUCCUUCAAACCACUGUCGCUGAAUUGGUGACGGUCGAGAAGCACCAACCACGCGCUUAUUCGAUUAUGCCAUUCAUCUGGUGCCUUGGUACAAUCAUUGGCGCCAGUCUUGGAGGAAUCCUGGCGCGGCCAGCAAUCAGCUUCCCCGACACAUUCGCCGGAACCCUCUUCGAAACUUACCCUUACCUUCUCCCGAACCUAGUUUGCGCAGCUGUCGUCAUUUUUGGCCUUACCGUUGGAAUCCUUUUCCUGGAAGAGACGCACGAAGACAAGAAAUUCGAGAAAGACCGGGGCCUUGAGAUUGGGCAAUGGCUACUCAGGAAAGUGUGGAGCAAGGGAACAUACACAGCUUUGACAGACAAGGAUGCAUCAAUCGACGAAAUGCAAGCCAUGCUCGAAGGCCCUGGCUCGCCCACAUACCAAAGCACCAGCAGCUCCCCAACAUUGUGCAGCUCCCGCAGCUCCAUCGCGGAACCACCGCCAUUCACCCUGGAGAAGGGCUCAGAAUCGUCCACCGUUCGCAGUGCCUUCACGAAGCAGGUCUGCCUGAACAUUGUCGGCGUUGGACUGUUGGCCUUCCACACCAUCUCCCUAGAGCAGCUCAUCCCAAUUCUCAUGUCACAUCCCGAAUCAACCAAAAAGCCGGAGCUUCCCUUCAAAUUCGAGGGCGGAUUCGGAUUCUCCACCCAGAAGAUUGGCAGCAUCCUGGCCGUGCAAGGAGUCCUACAGAUGAUUGCCCAAGUUGUCGUCUUCCCCUGGGUCAACAAGAGGAUUGGCAGUCUCCGAACUUUCUGGAUCACGAUCGCGACCUACCCCUUCCUCUACGUGAUGGCACCCUACCUUGCGCUUCUGCCGAAGCCGCUCCGAAUUCCGGGCAUCUUCGUCCUUCUCGUGUGGAAGGUUACCGCUCAAUCGAUGUCCUACCCAUCGCUCAACAUGAUGCUCGCGAACGCUGCUCCCUCGAAAAAGGUGCUGGGCACUUUGAACGGCGCAGCGGCCUCCUCCGCGAGUGUCUGCCGCGGAUUCGGACCAACCAUCGCGGGAGCGGUCGACUCGAUUGGUGCCGGCAUGGGAGUAUCUGGGCUCGCGUGGUGGGUGUGCGCAGGCGUAGCAGCCACGGCCUGGAUCCCCGGUGCGUUCAUGAAAGAGGAGAGACGGCGACCGGGAUUCUGCAACGUGGACGACGUUGAUGACGAAGAGCUGGGGCUCCGCGAGGCACUGGACGACACUGACUCGGACGUCGACUCCAUCAUGACCCUAACGCCAGAGGAGGACACGGUCAACUCCGUCCUUUCGAAAUGAUAAGCACGACUAGCUGGUUUACGAAGACAUCGCAGAUUCAAACCCCCUAGGAUCGACAUUCUCCGGGCGGGAGGACAGCUUGUCACCGCUUUUCACACGCGGCAAAGGGAGUUCACUCUUCCAAAAAGGAGUUAUUUAUUGGGAUUUUUC